GCAGCGUUUGAAAGCAUCACCUCCGAGAGCUUCGACAAUAUAUCUGGACAUUGUAGCUUUUCCCACCUGCUGCUGCCAUCAAACAAACUUACAAUGACCUCGAUCGGCCCCUCCUUCUUUAUCCUGGGUUUGGUGGUGGCUUCUGUCACAGCACAAGAGACAUCAACAUUCAAUGGGUAUUUCACAGCUCCAGAGGGCUUUAGCAACACAUCCUCUCCUGAGGACAAUAUUCUUAAUAAUGCAACAACCUUCAUGACCAACAGCACCAACACCACCACCGGUGCCAGCACGAGUAUGCCCACUACCAGCAGUGCCAUGAACAUCACCAACACCAGCAGCACCAUCCCACCUUCAACAAUAAAGCCGACAGAUGAUGGAGGUUCUAAAGAUGGCCAAACCUCCAAAAAUACAACGCCCAAAAUGCUCUCGGCUAGUACUUCUAAGACAACCACUAAAAAAAAGGACAAAACCACCACUGUUAAGCGUCCGUUGGCAACAUCAGGCGACAGCACUGGCAUUAUCAUCCUAGUUGUGAUCGUGCUCGUAGCUUUUGGAUUUGGUAUUGCCUGCUUCUUGGCACGGAGGAGAGGAAGGCGCUACUCUGUCGACUUUACUUCCAGACCGGAUGAAGCCAACAUCCCUCUCAGCACUGUGGAGCCUGAGAUGCCUGUUGAUAAUGCUCCUGUGAAUGGUCUGCAAACCUUUGAAAGUGCAGAAACUACUACAAAAGAGCCACAAGGACCAGAGGAAAAACCUGAAGUACAGGACGAGCCCAAAGCUGAAGCAGAUAAAUCUGUUGUUGAACCCAGCGCUGAGUCUGCAGCUCCGGCACCGUCCCCAGACAGCUCUGAGGACAAACCUAAAGAAGACGUCGUUGAGCCGAGUCCUCCUGCACCUGUGGAGCCGAGUCCUCCUGCACCCGUGGAGCCGAGUGUGGAGGAGAAAACCGAUGAUGAAGGCGACGUCUCCAACAAGACCUCUGUGGAAUCGCUGAAGGAGACAAAUGAGAACAACAGCAACAAUGCUGACUUCAGUCAGAGGAGAGAUUCAAAACUCUUCUGGGACGUUCCUCUCGAUUGUCCGGUGUGAGGUACAUUGCCUCUCUGCUCCUGUGCUGUUCUUCAGGAACUUGAUUGAAGAAAGACUCAAGUGCCUGGGGUAAAAGAGGACACACUCGAGUUGGCGGCUGCAUCCUUGUUGGAAACAAAUUUGUUCUAACACAGAAGCUUUUUCAACGUUAAACGUCAGCUGAGCUCAGCUUUUUAAGUAUUUUACUGAUUACUCAAUCUGUGUGCUUUACAAACUAUCAGAAUUUACUGGAUUUAUAGACUAAAUGUUACAACGGUAUCACUUUAUUUUAAGCGUUUAUAAUCAGUAUAUAAAGAUAUAAUAAAUGGUACAUAACAAACUAUAAUGUAGUGUUGUAAACAUGUGUCUUAUGGUUUAUUAAUUUGUCAACAACUAUGGAGUUACAUAAGUGAAUGCUUCUGUAUAAACAGAUAAACAGAUAACAGAUAAACAGAUAAGAUAGUAAAACACAGCUAUAAUAAUAUAAAACAUGUCUUCAUAGGAGAAGUUUAAUUAAAUGUGUAUAUACUGAUUAUAAAUACUAGGGUGAUUUAAAGGACCAGUGUGUAGGAUUUAGUGGAAUCUAACACUGUAGUUGCAGAUCGCUACAUGGCGAUUUAACAUGGCAUCCUCCAUGGAAGGCAACCUGCUGUGUCUGUAGAUAAUAAUGUAACAACAACAGUUCCUAUUUUCAGGUGAUUAUACAAUUAUACAAACAUACCAACAUAACAUAUUUUAUUGCAUUUCUGCCUAUAGAGCCUCCUUAAAGUUACACACUGGACCUUUAAAGUAAAGUGUUACUGGAACCGCUUUACGAUAAGGUACAAAAGGUUUUUAAGUUGUUGUUAACAAUCAAAUGAUAAAUAAUGUAAAUAAAUGAUGUUACAAUGCUGUGUAACUGUAAAUACAACUAUUGGCAUUUUAUAUUCAUUGCCAACUCCCCAACCAAAGAUAUCCUUAUUUGUGGGCUGGUAACCAUAAAACUGGUCUCUGUACGCUAUAUAACAAAAUAUUACAGUUUUUCCCCUGAACAGUAUAUUUGGUACUCAUUUGUAAAAUAUAAUAAUAAUAUAUAAAUAAACAAGAUGAUAUAGGAUGGCAAAAUUUGAAUUAGGGUUAUAGUAUUAAUUUAGGAUGCAAUGCUAUUUUUGUUAAUGCUGCAUUUUGCUUUUUUUCCAUUGAGUAGUAUUAAAGUUUCCGUUAUGCUGAAAGACUUUAAUGAUGUAUUAAAUAAAAGUAUUCUAUGU